CCGGCCCCGCGGCGGCGCUGGGUGCCGCCCUGCGCGCUGCGCGGCGACGCCGACGCCGACGCGCAGCACGACGCCAUCCACCGCAAGGUGCGCGGCAUCCUCAACAAGCUCACGCCCGAGAAGUUCCACAAGCUGAGCGACGCGCUGCUGGCGCUGCAGCUCGACUCGGACAAGGUGCUGAAGGGCGUCAUCCUGCUCAUCUUCGAGAAGGCGCUGGACGAGCCCAAGUACUCGUCCAUGUACGCGCAGCUGUGCAAGCGCCUCAGCGAGGAGGCGCCCAACUUCGAGCCGCCCGGCCAGCCCUGCACCUUCAAGCUGCUGCUGCUCAACAAGUGCCGCGCCGAGUUCGAGAACCGCGCGCAGGCCUUCGCGGCGUUCGAGGACAAGGCGCUGUCGCCGGAGGAGGAGGAGAAGCGGCACCUGGCCAAGUGCAAGAUGCUGGGCAACAUCAAGUUCAUCGGCGAGCUGGGCAAGCUGGAGAUCCUGGCCGAGUCCAUCCUGCACCGCUGCAUCCAGAACCUGCUGGCGCGCCGCGCCGCCGCCGAGCACCAGGAGGACCUGGAGUGCCUGGCGCAGCUCGUGCGCACCGUGGGCCGCGUGCUGGACUCGGAGCGCGGCCGCGGCCUCAUGGACCAGUACUUCCGCCGCAUCGACACGCUGGCCGGCGCGCGCGAGCUGGCGCCGCGCCUGCGCUUCAUGCUGCGCGACGUGGUGGAGCUGCGGCGCGCCGGCUGGGUGCCGCGCGCCGCCGCCGCCGCCUCCGCCGAGGGGCCCGUGCCCAUGCACCAGCUGCGCGGCGACGACGAGCCGCGCCGCGAGCGCGAGCGCGAGCGCGACCGCGAGCGCGACCGCGAGCGCGACUCGCUGUUCCGCGGCGGCCUGCGCGCGCGCCCGCUCGACGACGUGCUGGCCGGCCUGGCGCUGCAGCAGCCCCCGCAGCACGACAAGCUGUUCGGCAACGGCUUCCCGCGCGACUUCCGCCAGCGCCAGGCGCCCGGCUACUUCCCGCGCCACAAGCCGCAGGCCGCGCCGGGCAAGGAGCGCAAGGCGCGCGUGGCGCCCAGCACGGGCCUGCAGGACGUGCAGAUGCGCCCGCCGUCCAACGCGCUGCUGUUCACGGCCAACCGCCUGUCGCGCGCCGCGCCGCCGCCCGCGCUGCCCGCCUUCGCGCCGCUGCUGCCCGAGCCCGCGCUGCCGCUCAAGCCCGCGCCCGACAAGCGCGACAAGCCCAAGAAGGACAAGGGCCCCGACAAGGAGGAGGCGUGCCGCCUGGCCAUCGAGGCGGUGACGGCGCUGGCGGCGCGCGGCGCGCUGCCGCCCGAGCCCGAGCGCGAGCCCGCGCCCGACGGCUCCGAGCUCGAGCCCGAGCGCGAGCGCGAGCCCGAGCCCGACGACGACGAGCCCGCGCUGCAGCGCCUGCGCGAGCUGCAGCUGCCCGACAAGGUGCUGCGGCGCGUGAUCGCCGCCGUGCUGGAGCACGCGCUGACGGGCGAGGCGGGCGCGGGCGACGGCGCGGCCGACGCGCUGUGCUGCGCCGCGGCGCGCGUCGUGCGCGGCGUGCGGCGCGCCGCGCCGGCCGACGCGCUGCGGGCGCUGGUGGCCACGCGCGCCGCGCACGCGCGCCUGCCCGCGCUGCUGGCCAGCGCCGUGCGCCACGGGCUGCUGCCGCUGGGCGAGUUGGGCGCGUGGUGCGAGGGCGCGCGCGCGCCGCUGCUGCUGGAGACGCUGGUGGCGCUGCGGCGCGCGGCGGGCGGCGCGCGGCUGGCGGCGCUGGUGGCGCGCAGCAAGCUCAACGUGUGCGCGCUGGUGGCGGAGCGCGAGGCGGGCGCGGCGGCGGCGCUGGAGGCGCUGGAGGCGCGCGGGCUGGGCGCGCUGGCGCCGCAGCUGCGCGUGCGCGCGGCGCUGGCGCGGCAGCUGGCGGCGGAGCCGGCGCCGGGCGCGCUGUACCGCUGGAUCCGCGGCAACGUGGACGCGGCCGUGCGGCGCGACGCGGGCUUCGUGGCGGGCGCGGUGGCGCUGCUGGCGGCGCACGUGAGCGCGGCGGCGGGCGCGCUGGGCGGCGACAAGGCGGCGCUGGAGCGCGAGCGCGCGCUGGCGGAGGAGUACGCGCCGCUGCUGACGGCGCUGCUGGAGGGCCGCGCGGAGCUGCAGCUGGCGGCCGUGUACGCCGUGCAGCUGCACGCGCACCGGCACCGCUACCCCAAGGGCAUGCUGCUGCGCUGGUUCAUGUACCUCUACAACCUGGAGGUGUGCGAGGAGGACGCCUUCCUGCGCUGGCGCGAGGACGUCACGGACGCCUACCCCGGCAAGGGCGAGGCGCUGUUCCAGGUCAACACGUGGCUGACGUGGCUGCAGCAGCAGGAGUCGGAGGACGAGGAGGCGGAGGACUAGCGGCCGCGCCCCCCGCCCCGCGCCCCCCGCCCCGCCCCGCACCGCACCGCUUUUAUUUGCGCUCAUCUCAUAUAAAUAUAAUUAAGCCAAAUAGUUUAAAUAGCUACCCUCGUUACCCUUUGGCGCCCGCCGGCGGCUCCGGCGCUGAAUAGGUCAAUUUUAGGUUAAACUAAACUACGUAAACGAAUGUUAGUAUCUCGAGAUAAUUUUUUGUAGACCUUUUACUCGAUUUUGAUACUUUUACAAAUGUAUACAAUGUAUAGUGUUCGUCGAACGGCGUAUGAUUGCACCGAACCCCCCCUCCCCCCUCCCUCGGCCCCGCAGUGAGCGUAUUUUAGUUGAAAUUGUAAAAAGAUAUCGAGAAGUUAAAUCAAUGUUUAUUAUUAUCAUCGUGAUCGUUUCAUUUACAAUACUAAAUGGACGUAGUGGAUAACUGUAAGAAUGCUUAAAUUUCACUGUAUUAUCAGAUUUUAGGGUUUUAUAACAAAUAAACAGAAAACUACAAAAAAAAAAAGUUUCCUCAGACAUAAGAAAUGUAUGUUGAUUGAGUGAUUUGUAAUAAAAAGUUGUGAAGUGAUGCAAAGUUAAACUAAGUAACAUUGGUCAAUAUGUAUUCAGAAUGAGAAUAAACUUCAGUGUAAUUUAUUACAUAA